AUGCCGACCGAGCAUCGUGAGGAGAAGGUUCCCCUGGUGGGAGUCCACCAGGCGUCCCCUGUGCCCAAGACACCCAAUGGAGGGUACGGAUCUGGUUCACCUGACGCGUUGGCGGUGACGAUAACACCGCCGACGAUCUGUCAUCUGACGUACGAUUAUGUGAUCGCAUUCCCGCACGAAGCGCCGUUCAACGCGUCAAUUUCCAAGCAAGAUGUUAUCAAUCGUCUACACCUCGCGGGUCUUACGACGGAAGAAAUGAUGUCGACGUCGGCCGUGUUUUGCAAGAUUCACGCGGACGUGGCGCGUCUGCAAAAGGAAGCGGCGCGAGUGAAGCUUCCUGUGCUUCUCGACGACAUCUUGCUGGCAGAAGUUGCGAAAACUGGUCUCCAGGCGUUCCACAUCGAUCCGUUUGAGGUAGAGAAUCCUCCACCAAAACCCCUGGACAUGUUUCGCCGGCCCAUCUACCCCCCAUACAGCUAUAUUUACAUGCCGUACGCACGAGAGUCGGACCAAUCGAUCUAUGCGUCGCACGACGGUGAGUUCUUCUCAAGCAUCCAUCGCAUGCAGCUCAUUGAGAGUAUUCUGACCAACGUGAACGGGGGCGGUGCCGGCCUCGAUCUCGACAUGCUCACGUCAGAGGGCGUACUCGUUGCAGCAUACCCCUUGCACUGUGUGACCCAGAAACAAGCCUUGCAGAAGACAUGGAUGGCGUGGUGUUAUCCACCGUGGCAGCAACCUCUCCCAAGCAUUCGCAACUAUUUUGGUCCAAAAGUCGCAUUGUACUUUGCCUUCCUCGGCCAUUUUACGACGUACAUGCUGUGGGCAGCGCUGUUGGGGCUGGCCUUGACAACGCUGCAAAUUGCGCCAUCCAAAGUGUCCAUGUAUGUCGAGGCAUCUGUGCUCACGUACGUCCUGCCGGUGUUCGGAGUGGCCAUGAUGCUUUGGGCCUCCUUUUUUCUCAAGCACUGGAAGCGGCGCAACGCCGUCUUGGCCAAAGAAUGGGGGAUGUCCAACCUGGACAAAGACGUGACAGACAUGGUGAUGCUGCGGAACCGACCCAACUCGACCCUCGAUGCGAUUCUUCGCGUAGGCGGGUCGUGGCUGGUCGUGAUCGUGCUGAUGGAAGCCAUUGUGCUCCUUGUGGGGGCAGUCGUGCGUUUGUACGCGUCACCGACGUCGUCGUCGUACCUCAGCUACUUUGAGGGGAACCUGACACUGUUGGCGGCUAUGAUUGUGGCACAGAUCUUUGCGUUGUCGACGUUCUUUCAAUGGCUGUGCGUAAAACUCAACGAGUACGAGAACCACCGGACGACGUCGGCGUACGAGCGGUCGUACGUGCUCAAGCUGGUCUUGUUCGAAGGCGUCAACCACUUUGCUGCGCUGGCGUACUUUGCGUUUUUCGUCGUGAUGAACCCUCCCGACUUUGCCUGGCUUGUCUACCGCGUCUACGGCGCUUACAUUGUCGUACAUCAAGUGCAGCAACUGGUGUUCCGACGUCGCAUGCGUCCCACCGCCAACGACAUGGAAGCUCAGUUUAGUCUGGUCGAGUACGGAUGGAAAGCCAGCAUGCUCGACCACUUCAAGCUCGUCCUGCACUUUGCCUUUGUCACGUUGUUUGCCGUCAUGUGUCCAUUCAACCCGGUCCUGUCGUUCGUGCAUUACUCGCUGGAGCUGCGCGUCAACGGGUUCAAAUUGCUCACGUUGUGCCGCCGUCCUCGACCCCGAGGGGCCGAGAAUUUGGGCAUUUGGUACACGGUCAUGCAUUGGGUGCUCAACGUCGCCGUCGUCACGAACUCGUGGCUUCUUGUGUCGUUAUACCCGCGACCAGCGCUCGAACCCACCGUCCCGACGGCCGCUCCAGUGUCUGGCAUUGCCGCGUGGCCAACCAACGUGACUUCGUCGCAGCAAGUCGUCCUGUCGCUGAUCCUGUGCCUCGUUGUGUGCCGCGUACUCAUCAUUGUGGGCUACCAGGACACGCCGUCCCGCAUACGCCUCCAGUUGGAGCGCCAAGCGUACUACGUCGCAAAACUAUACUAUAAAGCGUUUGGGUGGCCCGAGCACAUGGCUGCAACGCCGUCCUCGGUCGUUUUUGAGUACUGCUUGGCGUUUCCAAACCCGGAAGCGAUCGCGAAGAAGGCGACAAACGGCAAGCCGCAUGUCUUGGCCACAGUGCUCGACACCUUGAAGCGCAUGAACUUUACGUACAGCGUGUACCCGUCCACGGCCAAGUCGUCCACGUACUUGUCAUCGUACAUAUUUUGCGAAGUCCGAGCGACGGAAGCCCAACUCCAGCAAGAAGCGGCGCGAAUUCAACUCCCCAUGCUUCUCGACGAGAUCAUGCUCAAGGACUUGGCCCACGAAGGCGUGUUCCAGGCACUACACAAGGGUAUGGUCGAUGUUGUCGACCGCAUGCGCAUCGAAGCGACGCGCGUCAACUUGAUGCUGCUCGUGGAAAACAUGCUGACGCAGCCCGUCUUUCUCACGACUAGCCACACGAACGCGGACAUGGCCGACAAACUCGAAAAGUUGCUCGCGACGUUGCACAACCGCGAGCCACGGCCGAGUGUGUCGUUGCCGCACGUGCUGAGCAACUUCAAAGAGUUGAUCGAAGUCGACAUCGAAGGCGAGCAAUUCCGCGACAUGGAUGUGCCGCAGACGCUGCUGAACCGGAUCGAAACGUACUUGAGCACGGGCGAGCAGAUCGGGAGGGCGUCUGACUCGGCGGCCACCGUGUCUGCGAAAAAGGUCCCGACGCCAUCACACAACGCCCUGAGCUACACCAACAAGAACUUCGACAAACUCCUUGGGCAAACGGUGGCAGCCCUGCAUGAAAGACCCCUCAACACACUGUACAUGGCGCAAAAACAAUGGAAGUUCGGCCUCGAAAAAGUCCUGUGGUGCUUCGAGGAACUCCUCAAGCAUUCCGACGUGUCUGCACUUGAGCUCACGUCGUCAUCGUCGUCGCUUAAGUGGCUCUCCAUGCACCAAUACCUCACUACGUUUGAUGCCGAGGUCGUGUACCCCAACCUGAACAGCCUUCUCGUUGAGUGCAUGUCCCUCUUGCAGACGCAAGGCACGAGCCCGUACAAAGCGUACCAAGAAUUCCGAGCCAAGCACCCGCAAUCGAAAGUCCUCGAGCUCGUCACGGCCCUCGAAGCGUCCAUCAUUGCCAACCCUGACGUUGACAUCGCUCCAUUCUAUUUAGGCAACCCGGACCCAAAAUACAACCUCCUCGCCAAGCGGUUCAAGUACCGACCGUACCAAUUUCUCCACAUGCCGUACCGACGCCAAUUGGGCAAGUGGCAAGAAGUUUAUGCAACGCCGUCGCCGUCGUCGAGCUUCAAUUCAGUCCAACGCGUCCACCUCCUGGAGAGUUUGCUCCAGCGCCACAUCAACGUGGAAGGAUUGCUCGCCCAGCACGUUCUGAAAGCCGCGUUUCCGCUGCAUCACAAGGCAGAGCACGACUUGCUCAAGCGCGAGUGGGUGUCUUGGACCCUUGCGCAGCCGUUGGACCGCAUCCAGAGCUACUUUGGCGCGAGUGUGGCCAUGUACUUUGCCCAUUUGGGCCACGCGACCAAGUGGUUGGCUGUUGCCAUGCUCGUGGGGGUGCUCUUCUUCGUUUGGCAAUCCAUGUACUCAUUUCAAUCGCCUGCAGAAGUAUGGGUGGUGCCUGGAUUUGGUGUGUUUAUGAUCCUCUGGGCGACGCUCUGGCUCAAGCACUGGACGCGCGAGACUUCCAUUCUGAAACUCCAGUGGGGGCUUUACUCGACCGCGCCGCAGCCGCGGGCUGUACGAGCUGCGUACAGCGGCGACUACAUUCGCAAUCCGAUCACGGGACAGAAAGUCAAGUACUUUCAGAAGAACGCGCGCCUGGUGCGGUGGGUCGUCGGGUGGACAGUCCUCGGUCUGCUUGUGGCCGUGGCGUUGGGGGUCCAAGCUCUCACUUUUUACUUGCAACGGACAACGACGACGACGUUGGACGAGGCGACCGUGAGCGUCGGUGUGGCGCUUGCGCAGGGACUGUGGAUCGUGUGCAUGAAGCACGGAUUUCACGCGUGCAUCGUCAAACUGAUCGACUACGAGAACCAUCGCACCGACAUGAGCUACGAGAUGGCGUACGUGUUGAAAGCAGGUGUGUUUCAUUGCGUGAACAGCUACGCCGCGCUCGUGUAUUUGCUCCAAGACCACCACUUGCGCAACAAGCACGCGUUGUACGCAAUCUACGGCGUCGAAGUCGUCCUGACGCAUGUCAUCCGCCUCGUCCGACUGUUUGUCGAGCCGUCCAAGAUGGACACUGGCGAAGCGCAGUUCGAGCAACGGGAUGCGAACUGGCAAACGACCAUGGAAGACCACAUCGACCUCGUCCUUCGAUUUGGCUACAUGCUCGGGGGCGUCGUUGUGUGUCCGUUGGCACCGGCGGUCGCAUUCCUCGACCAUGUCGUGUCCAUGCGGCUGCAAGCCACGCAGGUCAUGACAACGACGCGGCGGCCGCGGCCUCGACAAGCGACGAAUGCGUGGUACUCGACCAUGAUGAGCUUCCUCUUAGUCGGCGCAAUCGUGUCCAACAGCUACUUGGUCGUGUUUGUCGUCCAGACGUUCGGCCCUGCGUCCGUGCUGUCGACGUUCGACGGGUUUUGUGGCGUGCUCCUUGCCAUGGUGGCAGCGCGAUUUGUGCUCAACUCGGUCUUCAACGACAUCCCAACGUGUGUGACGUCCCAAUUGGAACGCCAAGCGUUCGUGGUCGACUCCAUCGUGAACGAGCAACCCAUGUACAUUUCAAACCCAUACGCCGCGCCUGCCGUGCUGCGGCCGACCAGCGUCAGCGUACAGAGCGACUACAGUUUGCUCAGUCAAGGCGACGACAUCGAAGACAACGACGAAAUCGAUGCCGAGGGUUUUGUCUAG